AUGGACGACGACGACUUCGAUGACGACGGUCUGGACGCCAUUCCGGACAACGCGCUACAACAGCUCGAGCAAAUUGCAUUCACGUCCACCCAAGGAGCGAGGCCAAAUAGUCCCAAGGCACCUCAAAGAAAUGGCAUUCAGACGUAUGGAGCAACGGGUCUGAGCCGUAAUGGCAACUUUCACAAGAACGGAUGGCGGCCACCGCAGCCUCGAAGACCUGUUCAACAGCCAGUCCGAAGUCAACCACCUGCCAGUGCCCCUGACCCGCCAUCUUCUGACUAUGGAUUCGAUGAUGAGGAUGUCAUUGAUCUGGACGAGUCUUUCACGCAUGUAGAUAUGCAAUCUACUGCUCUUCCUACCCGAGCAAGAACAGCGACUCCAGCACCUGUUCCCGAACGCCACAGUCGGUACGACUCGAAGCCACCUCUGGAUCCUGAGACCGAGGCCGCUUUUGCUGCGGCGGACGCAGAGCUUGGUGCUCCUCAGCCUGGUCCUUGGACGCAUGCGCCGCAUCUGCAGCCGAAGCCGGACGAUGGCGCCGACGUGUGUGGUUUGCAGGCACGCAUUGCGGAGCUGGAGGGCGAGAGGGAACGGCUGCGAGCCUCUGAGGAAGCAGCUCAGCGAGCUGUCCAAGCAAAGCUGGGUGAGAUCGCCAUUGUACGAUCGAACCAGGAGAAGGCAACCAAGGAGUACGAGCGAAGGAUCUCGGUCAUGCAAAAGCUGCAUUCUGAUGAGUCGGCUAAGCAUAAAGCCAACCUGGAGGCCAAUAGGAAGGAGCGCGAGAAGAUGGAGACUGACAACAGGUUCUUGCAGCAUGACUUGGCACAGGAGAGUGAGAGAGCAAAGCGGUUGACGGGUCCAGGAAAGACACGCACUGCACCGGCCGCUGCCGGAACGCCGAGGAAGGCGAGCAGAUCAGCACUAGGCGAUGGCUUUGCUGAUGAUGAAGUACAUGUGAUCAGCCCGAGCAAAAGCAAAGACAGGUCUCGUGAUCAGACACCGAAAGUAGGUGCGAAGAGAAAACGGCCAGCGCAAGACAGCCCCGUGGCACCAUUAUCUUUUACGCAGCCUCCGAGACGCGAGAGUACCGAGCAGCAGCCGACUGUUGUCGAGGUCAAGGUGGACGAGAGCCGUGCCAGAUAUGCUUUCAUGCAGCGGACGCUCAACCACCGUCCUUAUGAGGGGCACCAACGCAGCGUGGAGGCUUUGAGCAGACAUGCUCUGCCUUCGAAUGGCAAGGAGUCGCUGUCUUCCAUGCUCUUGGCCUCUCUGACAGCGCCAGCGACCCUCAGCGAAGAGAACCUCCCGCUGAAACUCUCGCGCAUCAUGCUCAGGCUUUGGCGGCGUUGCCUCGAAGAGGAAUACUACAAGGCUAUCUACCUGCUGCUGGACAUGAUACGGUUUGCUCUGCGUGGCGAACUCGCAGACACCAAAUGCCAGCUCAUCGAGGAGGCGAUGCCAAUCUGCGUGAGGACUCUCAAUUUGAUGACCGAUGCGGUCUUCCAGGCCUCGACCUAUCCAGCUUUUACCUCGAGCGCUGAGUAUGCACAUACGCAGAGCAACAUUGCGCCAUAUAUCGACGUGGACGAGCUCCUCGAGUUUCUCCAAGAGAUGUGCGACGCUGCCACGCUGUCCGCCGACAACACCCAGCUCUUUUGGCGGACCGUUGAUUUCAAGUCGAUGCUGCUCGUGCUGAACAGAGCGCAGCCUCUUUCACAGAUCACGACCGCUUUGCACAUAUUGAAGGCGUCUUGCCUACCUGGCUCAUUCGGAUGCAUUGCCGAUCCGCAUGGCGAGGAGGGAGCCCAGAAGCAAGUACAGCAGGAGAAAUCUACGAUCGAGCGACUUACGAGCAUGCUUUUUGAAGUGCCUCAAGCACCCAGUGAUGAGCCUGCGUACACAGAUCGGGAGAUCCUCACCUACAGACUAGAAGUCCUAGCAGUGCUGAAGGGCCUGUGUCAAUACGAUCACGGCGGUUUGCAGUUGGCGCAGUAUCGGACAGCGAUUGGACGACUCAUCCGCUUCCUGGAUGCUCAGGUUUGCCGACUCUACACCACCCAGCCGACGAUAGGACUACCAGUCCAGAACAAAGACCCACCAGUGCACACUUUAGUAGCGCAAACGAUCAACGCGACCGUCCGGCUGAUCUACCACUUACUCCGCGCCCACUCAGAAGUUAUCAACCUCCAGCAGAAACUCGCGGUCUUCAAAGGCGGUUGGCACAAGUUCCUCAUCUCCAUGACCCGCAUCGCCUUCAGCGAUCGGUUGGUGUUCGAAGAGGGUCUCGAUGAGGAGAGCGUGGAGGCUGCGCAUCAGAUUUUGGAUGGGGUGCUGAGUCCGGAAGAAGGCGAAGCGGUGGUUAGGGCAGUCGAGACGCCGAGGGGCACAAAGGGCAGUCUGACUGAGAAGGAUACUUCGAGUGAGAGUGACGAUGCGAUGGAGGAGGAGCCAGGCUGA